GGACACUUAACUUUUAGCUCAAUAUUUACCAUUCAUGCUUUCAGGGUAUUGCUGUUCAUUACCGUGCGUUGGUUAACCAAGGCGGGCAAAGCCCAAGGACUUGGUGGCAGCGCCUGCGCGUCACGGCUGUGCUCAGCUCAGCCCCGCCCGAGCGGGAGGCGCUCCGCAGAGCCUUCUGGGAGUUGUAAUUGUUCUGCUCUCGGGCCGCAGUAACGCAUUUCCUGUGCGCUCCUAAUAGCUGCCGUUGGCUGGAUGCGGGCUGGGAGACCGUAGUUCUGCGUUUGGCAUCGGUUACCUGUCACAGUUACCUGAGCUGGGGCGGGCGCCGCGAAGUCAACAGCGAGGACGGUACAGAUCUGGCUGCUGAUCAGGGAGGUGGAGACAGUCUUUCUUUAUCCCUCUGCUGUCCAUUCAGGAGUUAGAGCCACGCGCGCCGAAUUCUCCACGUUUCAGCAGUCCUGCCACCCCCGGGGGGCGCUCAAAACUGACCGUGGGAAUGGUCACCAGGGUUCGGACAGCUGCUAUCUGGGUCCCACCUCUCCAAGAACCAGACAGCUCGUGCCACAGGAUCAGGAAGCUGCAAGGUCAGGAAUCCAUCCUGGGUCAAGGGACUCUUGACCAGAGGAGGACCAUUGGAGGACCCAGGCAGAGACCUAAAAGUCAGGUUCUAGAGUGGCUGUUUAUUUCCCAGGAACAGCUGAAAACCACAAAGUCCCGAGAAUCAGUGUCAUUCAUGGAUGUGUUUGUGGACUUUACGCGGGAAGAGUGGCAGCUGCUGGACCCAGCUCAGAAGAAAUUGUACAGGAGUGUGAUUUUGGAGAACUAUAGCAACCUGGUGUCCCUAGGGUAUCAACACACCAAACCCAACAUCAUCUUCAAGUUGGAACAAGGAGAAGAGCUGUGGACGAUGCAGACCCAAAUGCCAAGUGAAGGCCAUCCAGACAAAGACUGUGAAAUUGAUCAUAUGGAACAUCAUCAGGAAAAUAAAGGCAAGCUAGCAAAAGGCUUUGAAUGCACUGAAUUUGGAAAACUAUGUCAUAAUACAAAAUAUGUUUCUUCAAGACAAAAGCUUCAUAAAUGUGGCACACAUGGAAAGAUUUUGAAAUACAGUACAGAUUUCAAUAGUAAUUAUGCUGCAAAGAAGUAUAAUGGGUUUCAUGCACAUAGGGAUUCAUUCUUCCAUUCUAAAUCUGAGCAAGCUGUUAUUGGAAUAAAAUACUUUGAAAGUAAUGAAUCUGAAAAAACUGUUAAGAAGUCACAACUCAUAGGCCAACAAAUGCAUGUGGGAGGAAAACCUUUUGAGUGUAAUUACUGUGGGAAGGCCUCCAGUCGCAAGUCAUACUUUGUACGGCAUCGGCAAACUCAUGCUGAAGAAAAAUUCUACAAAUGUAAUGGAUGUGGGAAAGACUUCAGCAGCAAGUCCUACCUCAUUGUACAUCAGAGAUCUCAUACAGGAGAGAAACUCUAUGAAUGCAGUGAGUGUAGGAAAACUGUCAGUUUCAGUUCACAACUAGUUAUACAUCAGAGAACUCACACAAGUGAGAAUUCCUAUGGAUGCUGUGAAUUUGGAAAAGUCUUCAGUAGGCAAGACCACCUCAUUUCACACCAGAGAACUCAUUCAGGACAGAAACCCUAUGGGUGUAGUGAAUGUGAAAAAGCUUUUGGUUUGAAAUCACAGCUGAUUAUACAUCAGAGAAUUCAUACAGGAGAGAAACCCUAUGAAUGCAAUGAAUGUCAGAAAGCCUUUAAUACAAAGUCAAAUCUUAUGGUACAUCAGAGAACCCAUACAGGGGAGAAACCCUAUAGUUGUAGUGAAUGUGAAAAAGCCUUUACUUUUAAGUCACAGCUUAUUGUACAUCACGGGAUUCACACAGGAAUAAAGCCCUAUGGCUGCAUUCAGUGUGGAAAAACCUUUAGUUUGAAGUCACAACUCAUUGUACAUCAGAGAAGUCACACAGGAGUGAAACCUUAUGUAUGCAGUGAAUGUGGCAAAGCCUUCAGGAGCAAGUCAUACCUCAUUAUACACAUGAGAACUCAUACAGGAGAGAAACUCCAUGAAUGCAGUGAAUGUGGGAAAACUUUCAGUUUCAAUUCACAACUCAUUAUACAUCAAAGAAUUCACACAGGAGAGAGCCCAUAUGAAUGCUGUGAAUGUGGGAAAGCCUUCAGUAGGAAAUACCAGCUAAUUUCACACAACAGAACUCAUGCAGGGGAGAAGCCCUAUGAAUGCAGUGACUGUGGGAAAGCUUUUGGUUUGAAGUCACAGCUCAUUAUACAUCAGAGAACUCAUACAGGAGAGAAGCCAUUUGAAUGUAGUGAUUGUAGCAAAGCCUUUAAUACAAAGUCAAACCUUAUUGUACAUCAGAGAACUCAUACAGGAGAGAAACGCUAUGGUUGUAGUGAAUGUGGGAAAGCCUUUACUUUCAAGUCACAGCUCAUUGUACAUCAGGGAGCACACACUGGGGUAAAGCCCUAUGGGUGUAAUCAGUGUGGAAAAGCCUUUAGUUUGAAGUCACAGCUUAUUGUACAUCAGAGAAGUCACACAGAAGUGAAGCCCUAUGGAUGCAGUGAAUGUGGCAAAGCCUUCAGGAGCAAGUCAUACCUCAUUAUACACAUGAGGACUCAUACAGGAGAGAAACCCCAUGAAUGCAGUGAAUGUGGGAAAUCCUUUAGUUUCAAUUCACAACUCAUUGUACAUCAGAGGAUUCAUACAGGGGAAAACCCUUAUGAAUGCAAUGAAUGUGGAAAGGCCUUUAAUAGGAAAGAUCAGCUCAUCUCACAUCAGAGAACUCAUGCUGGGGAAAAGCCUUAUGGGUGCAGUGAAUGUGGGAAAGCAUUUAGUAGCAAGUCAUAUCUUAUUAUACACAUGAGAACUCAUUCAGGAGAGAAACCAUAUGAAUGUAACAAAUGUGGGAAAGCCUUCAUUUGGAAGUCACUACUCAUUGUUCAUGAGCGAACUCAUGCAGGUGAAAACCCUUAUAAGUGCAGUCAAUGUGAGAAAUCCUUCAGUGGAAAAUUACGGCUCAUUGUACAUCAGAGAAUGCACACAAGAGAGAAACCCUAUGAGUGCAGUGAUUGUGAAAAAGCUUUCAUUAGGAAAUCUCAGCUCAUUGUACAUCAGAGAAUACAUUCGGGGGAGAAACCCUAUGGAUGCAAUGAAUGUGGAAAAACCUUCUCUCAGAAAUCAAUUCUCAGUGCACAUCAGAGGACUCAUACAGGAGAGAAACCCUGUAAAUGCACUGAAUGUGGGAAAGCCUUUUGUUGGAAAUCACAGCUCAUUAUGCAUCAGAGAAUUCAUGCUGAUGAGAAAUGUAUUAAUGAAUUAAAUCUGAGAAACUCAAAAAUCAAUUCACAGGAAAUAGCAAACUAAUAUAGAAAAGAAAUUGUGUAAGUGGAAAAAUUUCACUGUAUACCAGAAAACACAUAAUGGGUGGAAACAUGAAUGCACAGCAUGUGGAAGAGCGUCCAUAGAAAGCUAUUUUUAGAUAUUAAAAAAAGUAAAUGCACACAGUAACCCAGUGAAUUCAGUGAACUCCAUGAAAGUUUUCAGCAGCAAGUCAUACUUUUUUUUAAGUGUGUACAGGUGAGGAGCCAUGUGAAUGGAAUGAAUGUUGGGAAGUUGUUUUUAAAAAUAUGAUACAGAGAAAAUUCCACCAAGUGAGCGAAUACAGAAUACACUUUGAAAUUUAUAGUUUAUUAAACACUGAGACUUUAAUGAGAGAAAAUAUGAAACCAAUGAAUUGCAGAAUUACCAAAAUUCUAACACUUUAAGUAUCAGAAGCUCAUUCCUUAGAAAAACCAUGCUAUAAGUUAGGAAAUUCUUAAUCUGGAAAUGACAGACUUCUAGCAAAAAAGUGAGUGAAGAUCUAUAAAUGUCCUAGCAGGAAGGCUCCCUUUACUACAAUUUUGACUGAUUUUGAAAAAUAAUGACCCUUACAAAUUAUUUUAAAGGAAGUUAUGUUAUAGAUGUUCCAAACUUUUAGGAAGAAACUAUACAAAAUAAUUAUGUUAAUAAUAGAGAUGUUCAAAAGAAUAUGAAGUGUUUUUUAGUGUGUAAAUUAGUGUAAUAAUCAGGAUAAGAAGAAAAACAUCAUAAGAUCUACAGGGAUAUUUAGAAGUUAUCUUCCUCUCUGUACUAUGUGACUUUUGUGGAGUUUGGUAUUUUACUUGUGAAUACCACAUAUGACAGAUACAUUAGAUACAAUGCCAUUUCCAGGGAUUUCUAUUCUGAAUAGCAACAUUCUUUAUAACAAAUAUAACUUGUUACUAAAAUGACUUGUCAAAUACUACAAACUUCAACACUACAAUACUUCAUACUACAAAGCUUUUCUAUUAUUUUGUACCCAUUGUAAGUGAGUCUGGCAGCUACCUCUUUAGUUGUAUAUACAUCAGUAUAGUGCACAUUUCAUGUGUUUGUGUAGCUCCCUGGUUUAUACCCUCAUUUCCUUUAAGGGAAUCACACUGUAUGCAGUUAUGAUGGGAUCAUCACCCAAAGUGCCCUGCCAAGAAGUUGGCAUGAUCACCAAAGUACGAUGAAGUACUCUGGACUUUAAACUUUUAGUGGCCUUCUUAAGUAUAAAAGCAAGCUGAGCUUUUGUUCUCUGGUGGCAUCUUGCUUUAAUUAUUAAUUAUUUCCCUCUAUACGGAUUACCCAGAAUAGAUUUAGUUUUCAUUUUAACAUUCUAGUUCACUUGUCUUUUAUUUGUGCUACAUGGUAUCACUUUAAUAUGUUUAGGUGAUGCUACUAAAACAUCUGCAUGUAGCUACAGAGUCAGCGUGAUGGAAAAUAAGAAAGGAAUUUUACAAACAAUACUACACACAUAAAUUUGACAACUUUGAUGAGAUGGGCUAAAUUCUUUUUUUUUCUAGUUUAUAUGUCUUUUAUUAUGAGUAAAAGUGAGCACUUAAGAGCCAUUUCUAUUUAUUUGUGAACUGUCAGUUCAUAUCUUUUACAUAUUUUUCCCAAUGGCUUUUUUUUUAUUAAGGUAUCAUUGAUAUACAAUCUUAAUGGAGGUUUCACAUGAGCAACAAUUGUGGUUACUACAUUCACCCAUAUUUUCAAAUCCUCCCCAAACCCCAUUGCAGUCACUGUCCAUUAGCAUAGUAAGAUGCCACAGAGUCACUACUUGUGUUCUCUGUGCUACAGUGUGUUCCCCGUGACCCCCACACACAUCAUAAUGCCCAUCAAUCCCCUUCUGCCUCCCUCCCCACCAGUUCCUCCCCACCCCUCCCCUUUGGUAACUGCUGGACCCUUGGAGUCUGUGAGUCUGCUGCUGUUUUGUUCCUUCAGUUUUGCUUUGUUAUACUGCACAAAUGAGUGAAAUCAUUUGGUACUUACCUGUCUGCCUGGCUUAUUUCACUGAGCAUAAUAUUCUCUAGCUCCAUCCAUGUUGUUACAAAUGGUAGGAUUUGUUUUCUUCUUGGAUGAAUAAUAUUCCAUUGUAUAUAUUUACCACAUCUUCUUUAUCCAUUCAUCUACUGAUGGACAUUUAGGUUGCUUCCAUUUCUUGGCUAUUGUAUAUAGUGCUGCAAUAAACAUAGGGGUGCAUCUGUCUUUUUGAAUCUGAGAUCUUGUUUUCUUUGGAUAAAUUCCUAGGAGUAGAAUUUCUGGGUCAAGUGGUAUUUCUACUUUUAGUUUUUUGAGGAACGUCCAUAUUGCUUUCCACAAUGGUUGAACUAAUUCCCAUUCCCACCAGCAGUGUAGGAGGGUUCCCCUUUCUCUGCAUCCUCACCAGCAUUUGUCAUUUGUCUUUUGGAUGUUGGCCAUCCUAAUUGGUGUGAGGUGAUACCUCAUUGUGAUUUUAAUUUGCAUUUCCCAGAAAAUCAGCGAUGUGGAGCAUCUUUUCAUGUGUCUGUUGGCCAUCUGAACUUCUUUGGAGAAGUGUCUGUUCAUAUCCUCUGCCCAUUUUUUAAUUGGGUUAUUUGCUUUUUUGGGUGUUGAGACGUGUGAGUUCUUCGUAUAUUUUGGACGUUAACCCCUUGUCAGAUAUGUCAUUUACAAAUAUAUUCUCCCAUGUGCUAGGAUGCCUUUUGGUUCUACUGAUGGUGUCCUUUGCUGUACAGAAGCUUUUUAGUUUGAUGUAGUCCCAUUUGUUCAUUUUUGCUUUUGUUUCCCUUGCCUGAGAUGUGUUCACAAAAAAGUUGCUCAUGUUUAUAUUCAAGAGAUUUUUGCCUAUGUUUUCUUCUAAGAGUUUUAUGGUUUCAUGACUUACAUUCAAGUCUUUGAUCCAUUUCGUGUUUACUUUUGUGUAUGGAGUUAGACAAUAAUCCAAUUUCAUUUUCUUACAUGUAGCUGGAGAUGGACUAAAUUCUUGAAAGACAGAAACCACCAGAAGUAACCCAAAUAGCUAUACAUGUAUCAGAUAAAUCAAAUUCAUAGUUAAAAAUCUUCCAACAAAGAAAAAUUCAGGUUCCCUUCAUUUCGUUGGUGAAUUCUAUCAAACAUUUAAGAAAUAAUGUCAGUUCUAUACAAACGUCCAUAAAAUAGAAGUUGAUAAAUACUUAACUCAUUUUACAAGGUCAGUAAUACAUUGAUAACAAAAACCAGAUAUUCCAAAUAAUGAUUUUUUAAAAAACUACAGUGUUCCUCAACAUAGAUUUAAAAAUUCUCAACAAAAUGCUAAAUGGAU